AUGCUUCUAGUUCUCGUUCUAGCUGGUGGUUUUCCAGCUACACCCCAAGUUAUAAGCGAUCUGCUUGUUUUCCUAUCUGUUUAUGCUAAUACUAGUGAAAGUAGUAAGUUACAAGUGGUACAAGGUUGUAAAGUUAUUUAUGACUCUUCAUCUGAUUUCGAAGAAACAUUGAGUAGUAAGAUCGAAAGAGGGUUUGCAGCUGAAGAAGGAAGUAUUGCUAAUGAUUUUGGGUACUCAUUGCUUUUGGCGCAUCGAGCGGGUUCGGGUCGGAUUCUUCUAUUUGCUUCGGGCGGUUCGCCACAGAACUUCAUUAAGUGUGCCUUUACUGCUAGGAAGUGGGGUAUUGCCGUUGAUUGUGUGACUCCGGCAUCUGGGUUUGUUUCAGAAAUGGCUGGAGUCUUAAGAGGUCGGUGUUUUUCGCUGGAAGCAGGAGGAUCUCUAUUUGGAUUCCUGCUAGGGUUGUUAGGUCUUGAUUUUGGUGAUUAUGUUGAAGAUAGUGGUACUCGUGUUUGUAGCUGUCAUGGGAAUGAAAUCAAGGUUGGGUUUUUGUGUCCUAUCUGCUUGGGGCUUUACUGUAAAUUUGUGCCUCUCUGUCGUCACUGUAAGACUAAGUUUGUCUUUUGA